AGUACAAUCUUUUAACACAUAAAAUUAUCUUUUAACUCGUGGUUUGGUUUGUAUAAAAAAAAGGAAGAAUCGGGGACAAAAUCAGGGUUUUUUUUGUCUCGCAUAGUCUCUUCUGUCUCGAUUGUCCCCGAACCAGCGAUGGAAAGAUCCGAUCCUCCAUCACCGAAGCGUCAGAAGAAGACGGAGGAGGAAACAACCCCCCGCUAUAAUGGCCGUCCCGAGGGUUUCGAAUCCGACGAGUGCUCCGACGAGGAGAUGGAGUUGUUCGACCAAGAGUUGGAUAGGAGCGGCGGGGGUUAUGAAAUCGACUUCAAGAAAUUUCGUUACUGUUUUGGUUGGAGAUCACUGGAUCUGGACGAUAGUACAAUGGUUGAUGAGCCUGAAACUAACAGAGAUUUCGUAGCUACUUUGGUGAACCUCGCUCUCACCAAAACAAACACAGAAAGAGGAACAAGUUUGGAACUGGGCAAGAUUUUGAUUGCAAACUAUCAUCCAUCCUGCGCAGUCACUUUCUACCUCUCAUUCGAAGUCAAUGAUCCUACUUCAGAUGGUAAUCAGACAAAACCCUAUCGUGCAGUGGUUCGCUACUUCCCGGGAGACAUUGAAGUUGUCUCUUGCAAUCCCAAAGAAAGUUGUUAGAAUUCUGCAAGAGAUUGUUUUGAAUCAAUCCACCAUUUGGAUUUGAAGAGUGGUUUGUUAAUUUCUAAUAUCAUAACCCAUCUGUCUAUGUUUGAUGUUUAAGUGUAUUUGAAGACUAAUAUAAUAUUUGCUACUUCAGUAGUUAUAUUUAUCUAAUUUGAACGAUCUUUUUGGAA